AUGCAAAUCUUCCUCCGCCUGGAUGGCACCCACGCCGUGGAGUGCGAAUCGACUGACGUCGUCUUUGCGCUGAAGCAGCACCUCGAGGAGACCCAGGCGAUCGCCGCCGCCGAGGAGGCGAUCCUCUACCACAACGGCCGCCCGCUGGACGACGAAGAGGAGCUCGGACAGUGCCUGAGCAGCGGCGCCCACGUCGACGUCGCCCUGCGACUGCUCGGUGGUAAGGUGCACGGCUCGCUCGCCCGUGCCGGCAAGGUCAAGGGCCAGACGCCGAAGGUGGACAAGCAGGAGAAGAAGAAGAAGGCCACCGGCCGAGCGAAGCGUCGUCUGCAGUACAACCGCCGAUUCGUCAACGCCGUCCGCGCUCCAGGCCGCCGACGUGGCCCGAACGCCAACGUUGCUUAG